UCUAUUGAGGCCUCCCACUCAUGAGUCACGUGAUUCUCUCAUGGCGUACUAGCGCUAUAGCUGCUCUGUGCUGUGUUUCAGUUGGUUGUUAGAAGUUACUUGAUGGUCUGCCAAGGCUUGGGCUGUCCCCUUCAGCAAAGAUGGCUGCCCUCCAGCAAGGGUCAAAGCCUAUGGGUCUAGGAGUAACCUCUGCUCUGAGUCAUGCCGGCCCCACGGCCCUGGACCUGAGACUCACUCACGCUCUGGAGGAGUGCUUGCGAUCAGCCGAUAUGUUUGACACUCGUGUAGGAGAAGCCCAUCGUUUGCUGGUUCUGGGUCGUCUGAAUGAACUAAUGAAGCGCUGGGUUACCCAAAUCUCCAUUGAUAAGGGAAAGACAGAGGAAGAAGCCAAGCAAGUGAGUGGCAAGAUCUUCACCUUUGGUUCAUAUCGUCUCGGUGUGCAUGGCAAAGGUGCUGACAUCGACACAUUGUUAGUCGCCCCUCGACAUAUCAACAGAGACGAUUUCUUUGAUUCUUUCCACACCCUCCUAUCUAAAGAGAAGGGUGUGACCGAUGUGCGGGCUGUGCCUGAUGCUUUUGUACCUGUCAUCAAAUUAGUGUUUGAAGGAAUAGAGAUUGACUUGUUAUUUGCCCGCCUUGCCCUCCCCACUCUUCCCUCUAAUCUCAACCUCCUGGAUAUGAGUCUCCUCAAGAACUUGGAUCAACGCUGUGUACGCAGUCUCAAUGGUUGUCGUGUGACUGACUCCAUUCUGUCACUAGUACCUAACAAAGAUACCUUCAGACUUGCCCUGCGUGCUGUCAAGCUGUGGGCUAAGAAGCGUGGGAUCUAUUCCAAUGCCCUGGGUUACCUUGGAGGGGUGUCCUGGGCCAUGCUGGUGGCGAGAAUGUGUCAACUCUAUCCCAACGCUGCAGCUUCAACUAUCGUACUCAAGUUCUUCUUUGUGUUUGAGAAAUGGGAGUGGCCUAAACCUGUGCUGCUCAAGGCUAUGGAUGAAGACACUAUGGGACUAGGUCAUUCUGUAUGGGACCCCAAGGUGAACCCUUCUGAUCGCUAUCAUCUAAUGCCCAUCAUAACACCGGCCUACCCUCAACAAAACUCCACCUUCAACGUGACCCACUCUACUCGUGACAUAAUGAUGAGGGAGUUUAAGCGUGGGCUAGCUAUGUGCACUGACAUGCUCUCUGGCUUUGAUAACAUCUCAUGGACACAACUGUUUACACCCAUCAACUUCUUCUCUCUAUACAAGCACUACAUUGUCAUCUGUGCCAAAGCCACGGAUAGUGACAAGUUGCUCAAAUGGAAUGGACUAGUGGAAUCCAAGAUUCGUAUUCUGAUUGGUCAGUUGGAGAGCAAUGAAGGAAUAGAGUUGGCUCACAUCUACCCUCGCUCCUUUGGUCCUCCCACACCAGACUCGGAGGAGUGUCUACUCAUGUGGUUCAUUGGAUUAGUGUUCCUCAAGAACUCUUCAGGAGGACUUAAGAUCACCAUCACCAUCACCAGUGAGAUACAGACCUUCACUAAUGCUGUUGUGGCAGCUACCAGUAGAAAUGCAGAGGUCAGAGAGGGCACUGAACUAGAGGUCAAGCAUGUGAGAAGGAAGGAGCUGUGUUCCUACCUGCCAGAGGCUCAAGUGCCACCACAGGCUAAGAGGAAGCGACCAUUGGAUGUGAUGGAGACACCAUCUCCAGUGCUCUAUAAGAAACCUCGGGUAGCUACAGAAGAGAUCUCCUCGCUGGCAUUGAGUGAUAGCUCCCUGGACAGCAGUCUCAGCAGUCUCAGCAAUAAGUGUCUCCUUCUGUACAGAGCGCUGGUGAAGAAACUGCUGCCCCUCCAGCCUCCAAUAACAAGAUUGUCCUUAAGUUGAUCUCACCUCCCAACAAAUCAUGACCUGUCUGUCCUGCACAAACUCAUCUAUCCUUUCAUGAACACUCUUAUUAUGUACGUCCUGUCUUGUCAUGAUCUGUGUCACUGUGUGUAGUGCAUUGCAUUCUUGUGUAUACAUUGUACCACAAAUUAAUAAUGAAAUAAAAAUUAAUAAGUUACUUA